AUGAAGACAAAUCGAAGAUGCAGAGCCCUGCUAGCAGUGAGUCUGAAUCUGAUGGCUCUCCUCUUCUCUACAACAGCUUUUAUCACGACCCACUGGUGUGAGGGCACACAGAGGGUCCCCAAGCCGAGCUGUGGGAAAGAGAAGAAGACAAACUGCCUCAACUACGGCGGGAAUGAGACUGCAAAUGAGACGAACCAGAAUGUGGUUCAUUACAGCUGGGAGACGGGAGAUGACCGCUUCCUUUUCAGGUAUUUCCACACUGGGAUCUGGUACUCCUGUGAGGAAAAUAUCAAUGCUGCCGGUGAAAAAUGUCGAAGUUUUAUUGACCUUGCCCCGGCUUCUGAAAAAGGUGUGCUGUGGCUCUCAGUGGUGUCCGAGGUGUUGUACAUCAUGCUGUUGGUCGUCGGGUUCAGCCUCAUGUGCCUCGAGCUCUUUCAUUCAAGCAGUGUCAUAGAUGGGCUCAAGUUAAAUGCCUUUGCUGCUGUCUUCACUGUGCUUUCAGGUCUCUUGGGGAUGGUGGCACACAUGAUGUACACUCAAGUUUUCCAAGUGACCGUCAGCCUUGGCCCAGAGGACUGGCGACCACAUUCCUGGGACUAUGGAUGGUCCUUCUGUCUGGCGUGGGGCUCCUUCACCUGCUGCAUGGCUGCCUCCGUCACCACCCUCAACUCCUACACUAAGACUGUCAUUGAGUUCAGGCACAAGCGCAAAAUCUUUGAGCAGGGCUUUCGAGAAGAGCAGAACUUCCUAGACCAGGAAGCCAUCAAGUACUUCAGAGAAAGGACUGAGGAGGAGAGGGCUGAGGCUGGGGACCUGAGGUUACAGUGCCUCCAUAGCUGCUCCCCAAAUAGGCUUCACAACACCCAGCUCUAAGUGUCACUAGCCCGCAGAGGAACAGGAGUGACCAUAAUGCUCAGAAAAUGCCCCCAUUCGCUACGUCAAGCUCUUCCAGCGACACAUCAAGCAGCUCUUCACUUUCAUCAGAACCAACCAGCCAGAUCUCCAUGGUUCAGGAUCAAACCCUGCUGGACAUCACCUCCAUCACUAGAUUGGCCCCAGGGGAACCACCAAACCCUCAAGCACUUGAGCAAAGAGAUACAAAUUUAGCAAUAUCGAGUUCCAGCCCACUGGGAGCAAGGACUAUUCCAGCAUCUUGCCCAGCCAGCCUCAGGCUCAAUCUAACACCCAGCUCAGCCAAGCCACAGCAAUACUCUGACUCCUCUCCAGUCAGCCCAGGGAUCAAUGCAGCUUCCUUCUCCACCUUCUGUCCUCACACAGCACAAAACCUCCGAGCUUCAGCUUCAGAUCACACACUGACCCCAACCAGGACAAGCACAAGGCCUCCAGCAGCAACGACUCCUGAAGAGAGUUCCCAGGCUCCUGGCUAUUCUAAAACUGAAUUAAAGAAUACAGGAAAAGGGUUUGAAUCAGAUCUGGAAGAUCCUGAUCAUGAGAGGAGAUUUGUAACCACACAGGAAUUCCAAGCCAUGGAGAAAGAGCUAGAGCAUGUAAAGGAAGACCUGAAAUGCCUGAAGUGGAAGGUGAGACACAUCGGGGAGACGGUGCAGCCCCUGGCCGAGGACAGCAAGAGGUACAAUGGCUACACCCUGACGGAGCUCAAGGCCAUGGUGCAGUUUGAGGAUGACCCUUACAAGGCUGCCCACAAGAUCCUCACCGCCCUCUUCAGCGAUGUCUACUGGCCACAGCACCCAGCUG